UGAAAACUUCAGUUCACAGAGAAAUUCAAUGGGAAGGUGUGCGUGAACCAUGAAGCUCCUCUGAAAAAGUGCAGAAAGUGUUUGGAAUAAGGCCCCCGGAGACUGCAGGAUCCCUUCUUUUACACUACUCGGUCGAAAACUAUUCAUUGAGCACAAGAUGAUGUCCGACGCCAGCGAUAUGUUGGCAGCAGCCUUGGAGCAAAUGGAUGGGAUCAUAGCAGGCUCCAAGGCUAUGGAUUACUCCAACGGGCUGUUUGACUGCCAGUCGCCCACUUCACCUUUCUUGGGUGGCCUCCGGGUGCUGCACCUGCUGGAGGACCUGCGGGGAGUGCUGGAGCUCAUGGACAACGAGGAGAGGGACAACCUGCGAUGUCAGAUCCCCGACACCACUGCAGAGGGGCUGGCAGAGUGGCUGCAGGGAAGACUGACUAAUGGCCACAGCUCCGAAGCAGUCUACCAAGAACGUUUGUCACGACUGGAGAGUGACAAAGAGUGUCUUAUUCUUCAGGUAAGUGUUCUAACAGACCAGGUGGAGGUGCAAGGUGAAAAGAUACGGGACCUGGACACCUGCCUGGAUCAUCAUCGGGGGAAACUAAAUGCUACUGAGGAGCUGCUGCAGCAGGAGCUGUUGAACAGGUCAACACUGGAGACCCAGAAGCUGGAGCUGAUGACCGAGGUGUCCAGUCUGAAGCUGAAGCUGACGGCGGUGGAGAGAGAUCACAGGGACAGCGAGGGCUUGUACCAGGAAGUAACGGACCUGCGGUUCAGGGUGACUGACAUAGAGAAUGAAAGACUGCAGUGUGAGAAGAAACUCAAAGCGACCAAAGAGGAGCUGCAGCUCCUGCAGAGGCAGCUGGAGGAGCGGGAGGCGGAGCUGAGGAGGCUGAAGGACGAGAGCAGACUGAGGGUGGAGAGCCACAACAGAGCUGAGGGCGCAGACAGAGAUGCAGAAGUGUUGAAGUUGAAGAUGGUGUUGGAGUCACUGGCGACGGCCAACGAUGAGAAGGAACGAAGGAUAAAGGGGCUCGAGGAAUCACUCACCAAGAGCUUGAAAGUGCAGGAGCUGAUCAAAGAGAAGUUAAAGGAAGAUGACUAUGACGAUAUCCCAGAUGAUCCCUCACUUCCUGUAUCCAUGGAGGUGGAUCAGGUCACCCUGGUGUUAGAGGGGGAGGCAGGAAGGAGCUCUGGCGAGUCUAUUCCAUGUAUAGCAGUGCUGUCUGAAAUGAAUGACCUAGACAGAGAACGACAGCUACAGGCAGCAGAAAGUUCCUUAGACGCGCCUCAGCCGGGCAGCUCAGCCACAACCAGCAGCAGCGACCAGGCCAGAAGUAAAGCAGGAGCUGGUUCCUCAGCUCCGACUAGAACAAACACAAGUGAGGAGAGUUUUGGUACCAAGAAGGCCCGUUCUUCUUUCGGCCGGGGUUUCUUCAAGCUGCGUGGAGGAAAGCAGACGGCCAGCUCUCCAAACCUGGCUGAGUCAGAACGUAAAGGCACAGAGCACCUGGACUUGGCUGGUGUUCCUCCACGAAAAUCUCCCGAUGGAGCCACUCUACCGUCCUCACCUGAAACCAAAAAGAAGUCCAAAGGCUUCCUGAAGUUCUUCGGCAGGCUUAAGAGGAGCCACUCCACCUCCUUCAACCUGGACGAUGCAGCAGAGAUGGAGUUCAGGAGGGGAGGAGUCAGAGCCACAGCCGGCCCUCGACUCGGCUGGUCACGUGAAUCCAAAAACAAUGCUGUCGAUGUUCCUUUCUCGCGGUGGAGCAGAGAGGAAGUGUGUGCGUGGCUGCAUGAGCAGGGCCUCGGCUUGUAUGUGGCCCAGGGACAGAGCUGGAUCAAAUCAGGACAAACAUUACUACGGGCAUCACAACAUGAUCUGGAGAAGGAGUUGUGCAUCAGGCACCCUCUCCACAGGAAGAAGUUGCAGCUGGCUCUGCAGGCUCUCGGCUCAGAGGAGGAGGAUUUCAAAGGCAGACUGGACCACAACUGGGUGACCAGAUGGCUGGACGACAUUGGCCUCCCGCAGUACAAAAGUCACUUUGAUGAGUCUCGUGUUGAUGGACGUGUGCUGCACAACUUGACAGUGGAGGACUUGCUGUCUCUGAAGGUGGGCAGUGUUCUGCAUCACCUCAGCAUCAAGAGGGCCAUCCAGGUCCUCCGCCUCAACUGCUACGAGCCCAACUGUCUGAGGCGGCGGCCCUCUGAUGAGAACAACAUGACACCAGCAGAGAUCUCCCAGUGGACCAACCACAGAGUGAUGGAGUGGCUGCGGUCGGUGGAUUUGGCAGAAUACGCUCCGAAUCUGAGGGGCAGCGGCGUUCACGGAGGCCUGAUGGUGUUGGAGCCGCGUUUCAACGUGGAGGCGCUCGCCCUUCUGCUCAACAUCCCCCCCAACAAAACCCUGCUGAGACGCCACCUGGCAACACAUUUCCACCUGCUCAUCGGCUCCGAGGCCCAGCGGCUCAAACAGGACUGUCUGGAAAACCCAGACUACAGCGUCCUCACCGCCACCGCCAAGGUCAAGCCUCGCCGCCUGUCAUUCGGAGGUUUUGGCACUUUGAGGAAGAAACGCCACGAUGACGGCGAGGAGUACAUCUGCCCCAUGAACGUGGAAAUGCCCAAGAGCAGCAGCUUCCAGAGGGGCAUCCGGAUCUAUGAGGACCACCUGGAGCAGCUGGAACAGAUGGAAGACUCUGAAGGGACUGUGAGACAGAUCGGAGUGUUUUCUGAGGAAAUCAACAAUCUAACGAGCAUGCUGAAGGAAGACGAGUUUUUCCACGAGAUCUCAGUUGACGCGGCACAAACUGACCGCAACCCCGCUGUCUGAUCCAGAUGCUCCGUGAAACAGGAAACUGUGCCAACCAGAAUCCACGUCCCUCCACCCACCACCAACAUUUGUAAUUUAACAUGUGAGACCUCCACUUUUACAGUACUUUAAUCAUUCAGAAGUACAGCCAUAGCUUUCAUGACCAUAUAUAUUUAUUGAAGCUGUCCAAAAUAUGAUGCAUGAACUGAAAAUGCAAGAUGUUAUUGUAUUAAUGUACUUCUUAUUAUUCAAGCAUUUGUUUUCAGUGAGGUAAGCUUACUUCUUAGAUUACAUUAUUCCUUCCUUUUUAUGACAUAUGCUGCAGUAAAGAUUCAAUUUUAUUUGUGGUACGUAAAGUUGCUUUAUGUUGUCUUUUAAGAUUUAUUCAAAUGAUUACAAACAUUCUCUCGCUUACUGUUUGAGUGGUAUUCAUCUGCAUAGAUAGCUGUUUUUAUUUGCUGGGCUCUGAGAUUUCUGCCUCCACUCCAGUAUUAUGGAGGUGAUUGGGAUUUUGUGUGUGGUGCUCACAGCAUUAAACAUUUUAUUUUUAUAGCAGUGUAUUUUUGUGAGGCAGUAAUCUCAGAGGCAGACAGAUAUGGAUGGAAACAUACCACUGGAGGAAGUGAGAAAAUGUCUUGCUUUCUUUCCAAGAAUUAGGUGAGCAGAUCGAUAUCAUAAUAUGCAUUUCUUUUUUCAUCUUAAGGCUAUUCACCAUGAAAUAGAUACAACCUUUCCCUCUUUUUCUACUCUUUGUGCUAAGCUAAUUAGCUCCUGGUUCCAGUGGUAUCGAUUCUCUCGUCUAACUCUUGGCAUGAAAGUGUUUUAUUUUUUCUCCAAAUGUCAGACUUUUUCUUUCAAGAAACAGCAUGACUGAAGUAAACAUGGAAACCAAAGUGUUUGUUUUUAAUUUUUUGCUAAUAAAAAAGGAGAAAAUGCA